CUCAGCAGCAGCAUCAUCAGCAGCAGCAGCCUCAGGUGCAUCUUCAAACGGAAGCGAUAACAACGGAGGAAACAAUGGUAACAAUGGAUCAUCAAGCUCAGCAGCAGCAUCAUCAGCAGCAGCAGCCUCAGGUGCAUCUUCAAACGGCAGCAGCAAAAACGCAGGAAACAGCGGUAACAAUGGAGCAUCUAGUUCAGCAGCAGGUUCAGCUUCUAACGGUAGCAACAAAAACGGAAAUGCUGGUAACAAUUCAGGAGCAAGUUCAGCAGCAGGAUCAUCAAAUGGUAGUGGACAAAAAGUGAACAAUUCAGGAUCGAGCACAACAGCAGGGUCUGGUAACAAUGGAGGAAACGGGCAAAAAAGUGGCCAGGCAGUUUCAAAUGGAUCUGCAGCAUCAUCAGCAGCAGCUGCUUCAGCUGGCAAUGGAAAUGCGAAGAAAGGUGGUAAACAAGGAAAUGGUAAAGGCAAUGCAGCAGCAGCCGCCGCAGCUGCAGCAAGCUCAUCAUCUGGAAAUGGGUCAAAAUCUGGUAAAAAUCCAUCUAAGCAAGGAAUAAUUCCAGCCAUGAUGUCCAAAAUUCCAGUUACUAUGCCUUUGACAGUUUCUCUGUUCUAA